ACAUUAAACUGUUUGUAGAUACGGCCGUCGGCUCCAGCGAGGACUCAGUGGAUAGAUUGGGAAAUGAUUUUAUUUAUCUCCGGGAUGAAGAUGGGAGACGUGAUUCGCCGUUUACAGAUUAAUGUCAUCGUCGUGGUGGCCGUACUCUCGGCGUUCUCCCAGGCUCUGCCAGAAACGCCGGCCACGUGCUCCGUGAUACAGGGGCUUCCGGGUCUUAACGGCAGAGAUGGGAGGGAUGGAGUUCAUGGCCACAAAGGAGACCCAGGAUCUCCUGGCCAGCCUGGAAGUCCGGGCAUGAGAGGUGCCGCUGGACCCCCUGGGAAAACCGGACCAAAAGGGGAUCAAGGAAGUAACGGGGUGGCAGGUUUGAAGGGGUCUAAGGGAGAUAAAGGAGACACAGAUGUAAGAACAGCAGAGAUGGUUUCAACUUUAGGAGACAAGAUAGCUCUUUUAGAAAAAAACAUCCGUUUCCUAAAGCGAUUGCUCCAGUAUUCUCUAAAAGGCGUGAAAAUAUCUGGGGACAAAGUUUAUGUCCCUAUAAACUUAACAGCAGAUUAUUCCGGGGCUCAAGCCGCUUGUGAAAGAGAAGGUGGAACUUUACCCACGCCGACCAACGGCGCUGAGGACGCCACGAUCCAUGAGGUUGCAAAGGAAUUACAAAUUCAUCUGUUUCUAGGGAUAAACGAUAGGAAAGAGGAGGGCGUAUUUAUGUCCCUAGAUGGGAAAAAAAUCACUUAUAGUAACUGGCGUCAAAAUGAACCCAAUGGAAAUACGGCUGAAAACUGUGCAGAAAUGGCAUAUUAUAUUACUGGCUGGAACGACAGGGCUUGUCAUAUAGCGUGGAGGGUUGUUUGUGAAUUCUAAAAAUAAAAUCUGUGUU